CUGUUUGGUGUAUUUAUAGAAGCAGCUGUGGUCACACGGUUGAUUUUACAGUAGAAACCCGUCGUGACCGGAACACAGCUGAAAACUGUUUGAUUAAAAAAAAAAAAAAACUGUUUUAUUAAGGUGCUGCCGUCCAAGCAGGUCGCCUUCCAUGUUUUCUCGUUUCCCCGCUGCUGUGCUCGGGGAGGGAGUGUGUCAGUGGGCGGUCACACACGGUGCGUGGUUCACAAACCUUAUUUGUUUCCUACUACUUUCAGCGCCAUCUUGUUGCAACUCUUCUACGUAUGUGGAAGUUUCUACUGAGGGGAAUAUCACAUUACCCUGUUCCAGCUCCACACACUGGGAACCGCUCCCCAUAUAGAUAGAUACACAAGCGCCUGUCGCGUUUGCUUCACCGUUUUCCUCCCCAUCUCUUAAUAAAAAAGUCACAUUUCCAAACGGAGAGAAAUGAGCAUCGAAACGCUCUUAGAAGCCGCCGAGUUUUUGGAAUUGCAAGCCCAGCAACAACAGAGAGCACGUGAGGAGAAUGAGUUAAAGGAGAAGCUGCGUCUGGAGCUGCUGGCAGAGCAGAAGCACUCUGUCAACUAUACCUCAGCCAUCCACAUCAACAAUGUGGUCAAAUCAGAGGAGCUUCGCGUCGAGUGCCGCCCGGCCCCCGUACCGCCACCGCUGCCUCCCCCCUCCAUGCCCAUUACAGUCAUCCCCAUCCCGGUGGUCUCCCCCAGCCACACAGGAUCACCCGCACUGCCGACGGCCACUCUCUCUCCUCCAGCCGUUCCACACCUGGCCUCCCCGAAGAGCGACCCCGGCUCCCCUCAGGAGCAGAGUACCGCGACUCUGCCUCUGUCUCUGCAGCCCAAACCCGAGCACUCAUCCUCUGUGCUGGCCUCCAACCACAAGCCACCUCAACAGAAUCACCUCCAUCACGCGCAGCUCAUCGCCCAACCCAGCAACGCUAAGCUGCAGCACCAGCCGCUCCAGCAGCUGCUCCAGCGCUAUCCUGGCUCCAUCGUCUCGCCUCCACAGCAGCAUGCCUUACUUCCCCAGCCGGGCCCUACGCUCCCGCCGGCCCCGCUGCAGAACAGCCCAAUCAACCGGGGCAGCCCCCCUGACGACGGGCGCCACCAUGACAGCAAGAAGCGACCUGGAGGGGCAGGCACAAGAGAAGUGCAUAACAAGCUUGAAAAAAACAGACGAGCACACUUGAAGGAGUGCUUUGAGACCCUGAAAAAGAACAUCCCCAAUGUAGAUGAAAAGAAGACCUCCAAUUUGAGCGUGUUGAGAAGUGCCCUCAGAUACAUUCAGACAUUGAAGCGGAAGGAGAAGGAGUAUGAGCACGAGAUGGAGCGACUGGCCCGGGAGAAGAUUGCUACACAGCAGCGAUUGGCAGAGCUGAAAAAUGAACUGAGCCAGUGGAUGGAUGUGAUGGAGAUCGACCGUGUGCUCCGACAGACAGUGCAGCCCGAGGAGGACCAGGCCUCAACCUCAACUGCCUCAGAAGGUGAAGACAUCAUGGAUGAAGACCUGGAUGAGACUGUGCCCAGAGCACCUACUGCCUUACCCACCGUGCCUCAAAACAUGCAGCCUGAGCUGCGCAAGACUGUAACCCCAACCCCAACCCCAACCCUACCACCGCCCACCACCACCACCCUCAUCACCCAGCACAUUUCCAUCCAGCACAAGGCCCCGCUGCACCCACCUCAGCUGCAGCCCCAGCCUCAGCCAAUGACUCUCCCACAGCCGGCGUCCAAGCCUGCAGCCCCAUCGACACUUACAGCCACAACUCCCAACACUACCACCACCCCGAUCCAGCCUUUACUCCCCACACAAACACAAGUGGUGACCACCCCCAGCCUGCAUCCCACCGUUAUAGCCCACGCCUCAGCUUCCCAUGCUUCAGUCAUCCAAGCCGUCAACCACGUCAUCCAGGCAGGGGGCCCCAAACAUAUUGCCCACCUGGCUCCCUCCACUACCACUAGCUCUGUUCAGUUGACUCCUGGCCAUCAGCCUAUUGGCCACAUCACCGUGCACCCAGUGGCCCACCUGGGCCAGCACCUUCCCGCCCUGUACCCCCAGCCAGUGGCCGUCACCCAGCCAGCCAUGGUUGGUCACAUCACCCAUACACUCACCCACGCCCAGGUGAACGGCACAGCGCCUAGCCAGCCAACAGCCACCAUCGUGGGCAAGCAGGCAGCGGUGGGUGCCCAGGUGGUGACCCACCACCCACAGCUCGUGGGCCAAACGGUGCUCAACCCUGUGACAAUGGUGACCAUGCCCUCCUUCCCCGUCAGCACCCUGAAGCUGGCCUGAAUGCCCGCAUCAGGAGCGGGCCACAGACGGGCCAAAGAGGCAGGCAGACGGAGACACCUCCAGAUACAGGUGAACCACGGGCCUCAGACCAAGCCAUCAGCACGACCCACAGCUGAGGGCACCAGAGUUGCUAGACACCUCACUGAUCCACAGAACCAUGUUACAUUUCAGAAGAAUUACAUCAACUUAAAAGCAACUUGGAACAUUCCAGAAAAAAGCUGCAGACCUGUUUCAGUGUUUGUCUACCAUGGUAUCGUAAGAGGUGAAUGCAAAUCUUGAUCAUGAAGUUGGGAUAUGCCAGGCUGCUUAUAUAGUUCAUGGUAAUCAUGUUGAUUGUGUUUGGCAGCAUACAGAACAGUGGGAAGAAUCCAGUGGGCAGAUGUGCAGUUUUAACCCCUCACCUGCCAUCCAUCAUUGCAGAUACUGGAGCAGUAGUUUCGAACGAGCGAGUCAGAUCUCUGUUAUUUCACACAAGACCAGUUGACAUUUGACUUAAUUGAAAACACGACCAUAAAGAAAGAGGGUAAUAUGGGCUAAUGCCAACACAGGAUCCUGUGAUGGCGUCCCUGUAAGUGGUGACUGGUGUCUAGACUACCACAGAUUACCACUGCAACUACUGUGGGAUUAUCUAAUAGUAGACGGUGCACUCAAAAAGCUGCACUGGGUAUUGAGACCUGUGGCAGAGUAGGAUCAGAGUGCUCAACCCGCUAUAAGGAGCACACUGAGAAUGUGAUUUCCCUCCUCCUCCUCCUCCUCUCCAGCAGAGGCACAUGGCUGCAGGGCGGGAGCAAAAACACGGACUGAACUACCCCUGCUGCUGCGAAAUUGCAGCGGACAGUGAAGCUGCAUAUAGCACUAGCCCCCCCUGCUGUUUCUUUGUGUCCACUGUCGUAGUUGUAUCCCUGUGAAGACUGAAAAAUCCUCCAGUGAGACUGUGCAGAGGGACAUCAUUCAAACAAGGGGCCAUUAAGAGUUAAAGAAAGGGCUACAAAGUGUGGCUUUGUCAAGAUUAAGCAUUUUAGGGGUAACGGCUAGUCAGGAUUAAAGCCAGUCACAUUGUUUUGGCUUGUUUUCCUCAUCUCCAGUUUAUGUCCUUUGAACAAACUGUCUAGACUGUCAGUAGACUGAACAGUCUACUGUUGAUUGGUCAAGUCUGUUGUUUUUUUUUUUUUUUUUUUUUUUUUUUGUCAAUGAGGUUGUGCAUCUGUCACGGCUGCUGUUUAUUCAAAUGCAGUUCUGAAGUGUGUCUAAAACAGGAUAAAGAUGUGACCAGUUAAAGUUUGCAUGCAUGUUUUUAUUUUUUCCAAAAAGCUUUCUUGUCUGUUGAAUGGUUUGGUUGUGGCUUACAUGGGCAGAGUAGCAUGGAGGCUGCUUUUUAGACAAACCAUAAAGGUGGAAAUAACAGUUUAAACCCAUAUCAGAAUUAAUGGGCAUUUCUGGCAGUGUCCAGAUGCAAAAUGUCUGGAGAGGAUAUCAGAGAUGAGGUUAAAACUCAACGUUGCCGUGAUUGUACACAGUGAAGGAGCUGAGUGUUGAGUGGAAAAUAGGAUUUUGGUCCAAAAGUAUCGUAAAGUAUAUGUCUGUACUGCCAUGUAGGACUUGUUUGCAUGCUUUGAUUACAUGCCAUGAUUGUGGUGCAUAGUUGCGUCGGUCGUUUUGAAAGUGAGGCGCACCAUGGCAGUACUAUUUGUUGUACUUUAGUAAACAUUGUAGGCUGGGAUACUUUCACAUGUCAGAGUAGUAAUUACAUUGCAAGGAUGACUGGCAGAACAUGUCGGCCUGUAUCUCUGCCAUCCAUAACUUUUGGUGACCCGGUACACUUGACCUUACCCAAGAUGAGUGCACCAGCACCUUUUCUACCAACAAAAUGACUGCGACAGCUGGCAUGAAACCAAUCCAUCUUCCUGCGAGAUGACCCUUUCCCCAUUCUAGCACUGUGAGACCGAGUUUGUAACAGUCCCAACGAGCAGAACAGUUUACAGUCGUGCAUAGCGCUUGCUGGGACAGCAAACCGCUGUGCUCUCCUACCUUAAUCUGAAUGUAUCAAUCUGUGAAAGGAUACAGAGUAGCGCACUCAUUAGAAGUUGUUAAGCCCUGGUUUUUAAGAAAAACAAACUUUAUUAAAGUAUAAAUUGUAUGUAAAUGGAAUGUACACAUUCAAAAUAUUUUGUAUUUUUAAGAUUUACUGUUACUUGUUCCAUCUGUAAAACUUCUGUUCAGUGAAAAUUUUAUAAUCUAGCUUUUUUUUUUUUUCUGGGACCAUGUACAGUACUGUAUAUCGGGGGUGACUACUACACAGACCUAUUUCCACAUUGCUAUCACAAAAAGGCACUUUGGAAAGUAUAGACCCCAUUAAUUUUUUGGUAUUUUGUCAUGCUUCAGUAUGAUUAAACAGGCACUUACUGGGGAUGGUGUUUUUUUUUUUUCCUUACACCCUGCACAAAAUAUUCUGUUAGAGUGGGAAACUUUGAAGUGAAAAUAUAAAAUGAAGUUAACACCUUUCUGUCUUAUGCAGAUAAUGCUUAUUAAAAUAAUUUUGAAAUCAUAUUGUGGCAAAACAAAACAUGUAAAAGUUAACGGGGAUUCAUAUACUUGAUAAAGCAACUAUAUAAUUGUGUGUUUUCCCUAUGGAGAAAGUUUAAGUUGUAUAUUGCCUGUAAAUUUUGGGCUGCAUUUAGAUCUAAUUGUCUUAUGUAAAAAGAUUGGGAGGGGGGGUGGAUCUAAAGAUGCUUAAAAAUAAAUUGUAUUAUGUUUA